AUGCCGGGUGACCUACAGCCACCGAAGAUAGGGCAAAAACCGCACCUUAUUGACAGAUUACAGACCCCCAAAGAUAUCACCGGAGGGCCUAGGCCUCCACGGAGACAGCACUCGUCACGCUUUGAUAUCUCAGACCAACGUCAGAGGGAACUAGAGAAACUUCCUGGGUUCCAUGAAGUUCCCCCAAACCGACGACAAGACUUGUUCAUGCAGAAAAUCGACCAGUGCAACAUUAUAUUUGACUUUAACGAUGCUACGGGAGAUAUGAAAUCCAAAGAAAUCAAACGACUUGCCCUCCAUGAGCUACUUGACUACGUUGCCAACAAUCGAUCGGUCAUCACAGAACCUAUGUACCCCAAGGUGGUGGAAAUGUUCAGCAAAAACCUGUUCCGACCCAUUCCCCCUCCCGUCAACCCACAAGGAGACGCAUUCGACCCGGAAGAAGACGAGCCUGUGCUAGAGGUAGCAUGGCCUCACAUUCAGGUUGUAUAUGAAUUCUUCCUCAGAUUCAUUGAGAGUCAAGAUUUCAGCACCAACAUCGCAAAAGCAUAUAUCGAUCACCAAUUUGUUUUACAGCUACUUGAACUAUUUGAUUCUGAAGACCCCCGAGAGCGUGACUUUUUGAAGACGACAUUGCAUCGCAUUUACGGAAAAUUCUUAAAUCUACGCUCAUAUAUCCGACGCUCGAUCAAUAAUGUUUUCUUCCAGUUUAUCUACGAAACUGAACGAUUUAACGGUAUUGCUGAGUUGCUGGAGAUUCUUGGCUCGAUUAUCAAUGGCUUUGCGUUGCCACUCAAGGAGGAGCACAAGCUAUUCUUGACGCGCGUUUUAUUGCCAAUGCAUAAAGUCAAGAGUCUAAGCAUGUACCAUCCACAACUGGCAUACUGUAUUGUGCAGUUCCUAGAGAAGGAUGCAGCCUUGACAGAAGAGGUUGUUCUUGGCCUCCUUCGCUACUGGCCGAAAGUGAACAGUACGAAAGAGGUCAUGUACCUAAAUGAGGUCGAAGAUAUCUUUGAGGUUAUGGAACCGGCUGAGUUCGUGAAGGUUCAAGAGCCUCUGUUCCAUCAGCUUGCCAAAUCAGUCGCCAGUCCUCAUUUUCAAGUUGCGGAACGAGCACUCUACUUUUGGAAUAACGAGUACUUCUGUAACUUGGUCGGUGAUAAUGUAGAAGUCAUUCUCCCGAUCAUGUUUGCACCUCUUUACGAGAAUUCCCAAGGACACUGGAACAGCAUGGUGUACACUGCUAUGAAAAUGUUUAUGGAAAUCAACCCUCAGCUAUUUGAUGACUGCUCUCACGACUACCGAGAAUACCAAAACUCUGCUGAGGCACGAGAAAAGAGCCGCCAGGAGAAAUGGGAACGACUGGCUGAAAUGGCAAAGGCCAAGCGAGAAAAAGCUGAACUCCCACCAGUGGAAGGCUCCAAGUCUCCUGAUGCAGCCGGCUCAAAUGACGGCCUAGAUCCAUUAACUCAAGACAACCAGCAGCGAUUAAACGCGCUUAAACUGCAAGACGACACUGCUGCCAGCAAGGAACGGCGGAGAGAGGGUCAAAACUCGGUUAGUGCCUCACGCGUUGAUUAA